UCUAUGGAUGAUACAGACAUAGCAGAGCAGUGCUGAGAGCCAAUACCAGAUGUGUGUGUGUAUUGAUAACAUAUAAACUGUAGAUUGCUCCACUAUAGACCCCUGUAUAUGUCUCUCUGCUGGUGGUGCUGCAUAGAGAGCCAAGAGUGGAGUAGCGCUAAGAGAGGAGGAUGCAGUGUGGGAAAUGAAUAAGGCAAUAGGAGAAGAUGCAAACUUGUGUCACAAGGCGAUUUCCAUCAUCCAAGAGCUGUGUAAGACGCAGGGGGCUGCCUUGGAGCGGGGAACUUGCAGGGAGUUUUUGCUGCUGCUGCCGCCGGACCACAACCUGCGCAUAACUGAUCCAGACCUGUCCGUCAGCCUCCUUGCAGUGAUAGUUAUUGUGUGUGGGCUGGCCCUGGUGGCAGUUUUUCUCUUUCUCUUUUGGAAGCUGUGGUGGGUGCCCUGGAGAAACAAGGCAGUGCCUUCUAAUCCCGCUGAAAAGCAGAACGCCUCUUCUGUAACUGGAAUCAACUGUGAUAAAGAAGCCAUGGCGGAUAAGCUGAAAGAUGCCAGCAACUUGGGAUUUCUGGAAGCAGCAGUUAAAAUUAGUCAUACAUCUCCAGAUAUACCAGCUGAGGUCCAGAUGUCUAUGAAAGAACAUCUCAUGCGCCGGACAAGGAUACAGAGGCAAACAACUGAGCCUGCAUCCUCCACCAGACAUACCUCCUUCAAAAGGCAUUUAAACCGUCAGAUGCACGUAUGUAGUGUUGAUUUUGGAACGGAUACCUUGCAAGUAACAGAGCAACCAACCAGCAUUGGUAGGAUUAAACCUGAGCUGUACAAACAAAAAUCAGUAGACUCUGAAGACAUAAAGAAGGAUGAUGCUAAGACCUGUGGUAAAAUCAAUUUCACCCUAAAGUAUGAUUAUGAAAUUGAGACUUUAAUAGUUCGAAUACUUAAAGCCUUUGAUCUUCCAGCCAAGGACUUUUGUGGAAGCUCUGAUCCUUAUGUGAAGAUCUAUCUUUUGCCUGAUCGGAAGAGGAAAUUUCAAACUAGAGUUCAUAGAAAGACACUGAACCCAACAUUUGAUGAAUCAUUUCAUUUCCCUGUCCCAUAUGAUGAUCUACCCAACAGAAAACUCCACCUCAGUGUCUUUGACUUUGAUAGGUUUUCAAGGCAUGACAUGAUAGGUGAAGUUAUUUUAGAAAACCUUUUUGAGGAGUCAGACCUUUCAAGGGAAUCUUCCAUCUGGAAGGAUAUCCAGUAUGCAACAACGGAGAGUGUGGACCUUGGAGAAAUCAUGUUCUCUCUUUGUUACCUACCUACUGCUGGACGACUGACCUUAACAGUAAUUAAAUGUAGGAAUCUCAAAGCAAUGGACAUCACUGGUUACUCAGAUCCAUAUGUAAAAGUGUCCCUUUUAUGUGAUGGAAGGAGGCUGAAAAAAAAGAAAACCACCAUUAAGAAGAACACUCUGAAUCCUACUUACAAUGAGGCUAUUAUCUUUGAUAUCCCUCCUGAAAACAUGGAUCAAGUUAGCCUACUGAUUUCAGUAAUGGAUUAUGAUCGUGUUGGACACAAUGAGAUAAUUGGUGUGUGUCGAGUGGGUAAUAGCACAGAAGGACUUGGAAGAGACCACUGGAACGAAAUGUUGGCGUAUCCACGAAAACCUAUAACACACUGGCAUCCUUUAGUGGAAAUGAAAAAGUCUUUCAAAGAGUGGCAAAGUCAUGCAGCAAGUUUUGACAGCCAGGGUUCCUGCCCUUCACCGAAACCACCGGCAACUCCUUGAAAUUCACCUGUUUACCUACUAAUUGGUCUGUUUAGGACUACUGCAAAAGUGGUUUUGCCUUCCAAACAGCAAAUCAUAAAAAGGAAUAAAUCACAUGAAUGUUAGACACAAAUGAAGACAAAAACAGAAAAUGUAUCAGUGGUUUGAUUUGUUUCUUCGUCUAUUGUCUCCUGAGAUUUCAUAUUGUAAUUUGAUGGUGUUUCCCCUGGUUGAAAUCUGAAAACUGGAGAAAUAAUUAUGUAAAAAAGUAGCUGUUUUGUGGACAAUGAAUGUACAUGAAAGCAUUCUCUCCUACAGAACCAAUAGGUAGUUGUUGGCACCACUAUUAUGGGUUUUCUAAAGAUCAGUGCUUACAAAGACUCAGCUCUGAGACCCUGUAUGAAUUUCUAUGCUGUGCUACAUUUUUUGACUUCUUGUAUGUAAUUUAUACGUGCUAUAAGACUA